GGAAGCUAUCGACAGGUAGGCACAGUUUUACGCAGGAAAACUGACGUCUUCUCGGUCCAUUCCGUGGCAGUAGCAGAAUCAGCUAGUCCGUGAAUGCCUGGUGUGCAUACUGCAGUGCUCAGGCGCUGCUCGGCUUUCCUUCUCUGUUAUCUCUCCGGAAAGCCAACGCGUCUGGAGAAAUCCUCAGGGGCCGUAGGCAUUUCACUAUUUUAGUUACAGCAUUUCGAUAUUCGCCGUCCGAACCAGUACGCCGCUGAAACUACAUUCAUCCCUCUAAUCUUCAUAAUUUGUUUGCUGCUGUGGAGAAUGGCAUGUCUGUCUUGAAGAGGAAAUAUUUGUCGCAAAGGGAAGAGAUUUGCUGGCUUGAACUGGACUGGAGAGAACGGAAGAGUGCCUGACGACCGGCGAUGAAGGGCAGUCGAAUCCCAGCGUUUGUGGCCGCUAUUAGUAUUGGCGCAGCGGUGCUCUCCUUAGUCCAUGGAUGUCAUGGUACGCCUUUCUGCCAGUCACUGAACACUAAACUGCAGACUGCGUCGACAGGCUACCCUUGCCCAUCUCCAGGGAACAUCGUAGUGAUGAAGGCCGGUCCUGUUCCCGAGCCGCCGAUGAUCUCGCUGGAUACCAAUCUCUCGGACCUCACCCUGUGUCACUGCGCCGAUGACUCCGGCAAGGCGCUACACUGCCAGUAUCGCUGGGCACCGGCACACGACACAACUCCGGCGGACGGCGAACAGCCGUCGGUCACCGUCCAGUGGUGGAAAAAUGGCCGACAGCUGGCCAGCGCCAAUGCCACCGCGCUCUAUCCGGCCGAAUGCACGGAGAGUGCGCAGAGCAGCAGCCGCAGCAGCAGCAGCUGUGUCGAUGACGCCGCCGGCUUCUAUCAAUGCAGACUGCUGGUCCGCCAGGGGACGCGCUCCGGUGUAAUCUACAGCAACACGGCACACGUCACCACAGUCGAUACUCCCAAUACCGUGUCAGCUGCCGUACAAUCAUCACCUUCAUCGUGUGAUUCCACCACUGCCAGCGUGCAAUGUCGUAUUACCGACUCUGCCGGGGAGGUUGUACCGAUGGCGCAGCUACGGGGCAUGGCUCUCACCUGGAAGCUCCGCAACAAGCAGCUGUGGGGACUGCAGUCGCCGUCUGUACAGUCAACGCUUGGCGUGAUGACGCACUACAGCGUGUCACGAAAGACGAUCGGCAAUGUGACGGUCGAAGCGUCACCUGACGGCGUGCUGCUCUUCUCCGGCCCUGCGCUGCAUGAGCUAAGCGACACAGCCUGCACUUGUCAGCUGGGCGAUAGCACUACCAAGCUAGUCAUUCUGAAUUUCACUGCGACAGAACACUUGGAGCCGGCGUGUACACACCAAUCUCCGCCGUCGUUUGCAGAGUCCCUGCCGGGUACUAGUCUGGCCGUCAACGUAGGAACUACUGCGGUGCUGCGCUGCUCGGCGCAUGGCUUCAAUCGGGUAAUGUGGUAUGUAGGUGAGACUCUGGUGCAGCGAAGUCUUGCCCAGGACAUCUCCGGCGUGACAGCGUACCUUCAUCCCGACAACACGCUCCAGCUGCUACCCCGCCGGCCCGACAGCGCCGGAACCAACGUGUCCUGCACCAUUGUGAACACGCUGGGAAUGCCGCUGGGCAAGAUUUCCACGGCUACCGUCGUAGCACACGCUCCACCAUGGCUCACAUCACCUGCACCACAUCUUGACAAAGUUUCGCUCGCCACGUACGCGGAGCUCAUCUGUCCGAUUGACGUUGACCGCUCGUCGCCACCGGUCGCGAUCACGUGGUACGAGUUCGGUGCCAACGGGACUGCACGUUCCCUGGACGGCUCGACGCUGACUGUCGUGAAGCCCGGCCUCUAUCAAUGCGUGGGGCGAAACAAGCUUGGCUCGCGGCAGCACAUCUUUCUAGUGCAGGCCAAAGAUCAGUCCCGCCGUGUUUUGGUGAGCGGCGAGACCAAAGACGGCACAGUGCUAGUUUUCCAGCCCGGAUUCAACUUCUCCAUUCGCAUUGCACCGUUGAAGAAGCCGUGUUUCGAGUGUUCACCCUCGGAUCAUGUAGUGAUAUCCAACAGCACCGGAACGAAAAUGUGCGUGUGCGGCUGUACCACGGACACGUGUUCCGUUGAAGGCAACGCGCACACUCUCGGGCUGCGCGGCAUGCUAGGCCAGGGUACCCAGUGCCGCGCCAGCCUUGCAGUAGCACUGAACUCCAUCUAUGUCUGUCUCACGGAAUGGAAUCUGCCAUCUAUCCGGCUGACCUUUCCAGAGUGCGUGUUAGCACCCAACGCUCUGAGUGCCACUCGCAGCGGUGGGAACAUCGCCGUCUCCAUUGCCAUUCCGUCGCAGAGCUGCGCGGCCGGCCUGGGCCUGGUCAGCGUGCUUGUGCGGGUUUGGCAGUGCAAGUACGCCAACUGCACCGUUCUGUACCCACCAGUGGACUUCACUGUCGCAACGCUGUCCGACGCCAGGGUUCAUGAGCUGACCGUGUCCGCAGCAAGCAUCUCAAUGCUAUUGAGCGCCGCGUCCUUGUCUGACCAGAACAUGUACCUGCUGAAUGCAAUGGUCUACACACUCAAAGGAGUUUCAAGCCUGAAAACAACACUCAUGCCACAGAGACCAUAUCCACAUGACCCGGUGAAGGAUGUAAAAGCCAGCCGCAUCACCACAAACUCCGCUCUAUUAACUUGGACGAUGCCGGCAAGUAGCAGUUGGCGAGGCUGGGGGAUAGCCAACGUCAGCGUGGUUGUUCGCCUUACCUACGGUGCGCUGAGCAAGACGUGGUGUGCCGACGGCUGGAACACCGCCAGCCUGUCGUCUCUGCUGCCCGACAGCAAGUACCUGUUCCAGCUGGUCCUGGUCUCCAGCACCAUCUGCCAGGGAGCAACACGCUUCGAUGAAAUCUACUGGCAGUCUGCUAGCAAGCAAUCACUGCAUACAUUGCCUGUUCCUAGCGACACGAGCACGAUGACCAGUGAAUCAACAUGGACAAGGACACCAAGUGGCACCAGUCCACCUAGCACUCAGGCAGCUAGCAGCAGUUUUGAGUUCACAUACAUAUUGGCUUCAGGAGCUGGCUGCUUUGUCCUGGGCUUAUCUCUUUGCCUGAUUACAUACUGUGUCAGGAGAAGGUGCCGAGCUAGGAAGUAUGGCAGCUACAGCACAGUAUCCAGCAGCGAGCGACCAGACUCUGAGCCGAGAGCGGAGAUGUGCCUGCACCAGCGUCCUGACGGCCUUGGCGUUCAUUACGGCGAGCGACUGCCCACGUCGGGGAGCGGAGAGAGACGGCGACAACACACGUACACACGUCCGUUUGGAUCGCGCUCACCGGACUCCACGGAACUGGACGUCAUCAUCCGACCGGGAACCGAGUCCUUCUCACCGUCACCGGACCUCAUCGAGACAGCGGCCAGCAGCGACGGUGGAAAGAUCGUCUGCUUCCCCGACAAAGCCAGCAGUGCGGGCAACCCAUCGUCAUCCCUGGAGUGCUCAUCGCUAGAUGAGGCGCCCGAUCAACAGUAUUCCAGCGAGGGCAAGUACAGCCAAUCCACUGAUGGGCAAGGUACAUGCGUUGGGUUCAUCUCACAAACACAGAGUACUCUAGACAGAAGUUCAUCUGACACGUACUCGCGGCGCUUGCCAGAUGGAAAGCGGAUGCAGCCACUGGCAAAACCGCUGAACCUAUCACAGCCACCGCAGAAGCAGCAGCAGCCGCGGCAACUUGCUGAUCAGCGGCGCGAAACUUACGAGGAUAUACGGGCGUCACUCGACAAGCAGGGCUCAUCUUGCGUAGUUGCUAUUGAAAUGUCCAGUGUGGAGCAGCAAUCACCGAGCAAAGGAUCAGCAGCUUGCAAUACAUACGAGCAAAGACAGCCAGCAGAAGCGCCGACUCACUUGAUCACGGUGGGCCCAACGCGUCCCAGCGUCCCACAGCAAUCACGACCGGUCAUCGCGCGAGCAAGCGACGAGGAACGGCUGGACGGCUGCGACGCCCCGCUGAUUUCUCUACGCUCCCCUUCCGAUUCUUCUGCGGGCCGUGCGGUGCCUGCUUCGGGCAAUGCACUGUACUCAAUAGUCCAGCAGCCAGUGAACACAGCUCAGAGCGUAGCAGUGCAACGCCCACUUCAGUCAACACGCACAAGCAGUAGCAGUAGCAGCAAUUCCACAGCAAAUGGCUACAGAACUGUAGAUAUAGCCGAGCAUCAGAGCCUGCAAGCACAGCAGCGACGAAAACAACAGCAGCAGCAACAGAAACAGCAGCAGCAACAGCGGCAGCAACAACGGCAGCAGCAACAGCAACAACAGCAGCAGCAGCAGCAGCAACAACAACAACAACAACAACAACAACAACAACAACAACAACAACAACAACAACAACAACAACAACAACAACCACAACAGCAGCAGCAGCAGCAGCAGCAGCAGCAACAACAACAACAACAACACAUGCCCACCGGACAACGCAGUGGCGUGCCUGAUGAAUUCCCUGCUGGCAAGCCAUCUCAGCCAACAUUGAGUCUGUGUAACUACAAGGACUUGCCGUCACUGCAGCACAGCUCUGCAAACAUUGCCCUAUCGCCUGUCAACUCUCAAGAUACUGACCAGCUGCUCCCGGCCGAGGACCUCCUUGCGAGCAUACUGGGUGAACCUCGACAGCAGGACUCCCCAUCCUCUAGCUCCGACACGGCCAAACUGCAACCCACAUUGCCGGUAGUCGGAAACAUGACAUCGCGACUCGUUGAAAACAUCCUGGAAGAACCAAAGCAUCAGACAAGAAAAAUUACCCCACCAUUGCUAAAUCCUAGUGCCGAUUUUGCAGUGCUGCCGUUGUUAACUUCACAGAGGGAUUCACCGAUAUUAGUACAACGGCCAGUGCCGUCGAAAGACGAGAUUGUCGGAAGUGUCCUCGACUCCAUUGAGCAGCCGCGAGAGACAUCAUUUACGCUGGACAUCCCGUCAUUGCUGCAACAGCCUGUACCCAGCAAAGUUGCAGACCGCCUCGCUGCUGAAUGCGACAGAGCUCCCUUGCUGGCAAACUCCUUUGACCUAGACCUGUCGUCAUUGUCGCAGCAGGCUGCUCCCGAAGUAGCAAACUCCGGGCCCACUGAAUGCACCAGUGUUCCCCAAGUGCCCACCUCCUUCGCCCAUGAUGUUUCGUCUGUACUAGAGCCGGUACCUCCAGUAGUGGCAAACCAUGUAUCCCCUGAUGUUGGCAGAGGUCCACAGGUGGCGAGCUCCUGUACUUUCGAUGUUUCGUCAUUACUGGAGCAAGUUGCUCCGAAAGUAUCGGACCCUUUGCCGUCCGAUGCCGACAAAGCUCCACGAGUGGCAAGUGCAUUUACUCAUGACGUGUCGUCAUUAUUGGAGCAGGUUGCUCCGAAAGUAUCGGACCCUUUGCCGUCCGAUUUCGACAGAGCUCCACGAGUGGCGAGCACAUUUGCUCAUGACGUGUCGUCAUUAUUGAAGCCGGUUGCUCCGAAAAUAACGGACAGCUUGGCCCCUGAUAGCGACAGAGCUCCGCAGGUGGCCAGCUCCUUCGCUUUUGACGUGUCGUCAUUAUUGGAACAGGUUGCUCCGGAAGUAGCGGACCCUGUGCCCAUUGAUGUUGACGCAGCUCCACUGGAGGUUGCUGGCAAGCUGCAGACAGCUGGUCACACGCCGGCUACUCUGCCAGUGCUCCUCGCACAGGAGAAGCCACCAGCUACCGAUGAGGCGCUGGCUCCAGCGGCAAUAGAUGUGCACGUGGUGGGAAAGGACAACACCGUCUUUGACCUGCGCUUGCUUGGCGGGUACAGUCCCGGCUCGGAGGACAGCCUGGACGAGGAAUCCUGAUUGCUGGUCGUGAUGGAUUCCAUGACAACCUUGCCUUAUGUAGUGCUAGUAGCCGUGUACAAUGAUCUGACUGUCUAUUCGGUCUGUAUCAAGACUGGCUUAGAGUGGUAUGUUUUGAGUGCACUGUUCUAUACUAAAACGACUUGUCUGGCAAGUUGUCCCCAAUUCAAGUCAUUAACUGUUUUAUUCUCUGGUUCACAAUGUUGCCAUGGUUACGAGUGCUAGUGUGAUAUUCAGAACGCAUUCAGAAGUUGAUGCGUGACUUUUUAAACCCAUUCCUUGAUUUCCUUUGCUUUACAAGCAAAUAUUUCUUGAGAGCCGUGUUUUAAUUUUUUUAAAUAUUUUUUAACUAGCAUUAAAUUAAGUGCCCCAACAGUGGGCUUAACACAUCUCUGUAUGAUAUGAUAUUUGAGAUUUGAGAUUGCAAGCUACAAGUAGGACGGCCUGCUGGCAUUGUCAGAGGUGGAAGGUUGGUGUAAGUUAUUGACAUGUACUCCUAACCGAUUUCUAUCACUUGGAAGAGCAACCGUGUCAGUCGGAUGCAAUGUCAUGUGGCAGAGAUGUUGGCCUGCUGGCGUUCAGCACUUGCUGGCAGAUUUCUAGCACGUCGCUUCCAGUCGUCUAGUAUUUGAGAGUGCAGAGCACCGUGCAUAAGUUGA